GUUUAUUCUUCAACAGUGGAACAGCUGGUUGAGUGGAAUUUUAUUUUUACUUAUUAAUAAGGGAGAACUUCUGACCUAACGACGAACUGUAUCGCUGGAAAAUGAAAAUUUCAGCAUAAUAAAACUCUGAAAAGAUACAAAUUAAGUUAUGCUUGUGUAGUGACAUGAUGAAUACUCGGAGUGAAACGUCAAAUGAGCCGAUACUGUACGAAUUGUUGGAAUAUUUUGUACGAGAGCAGGAACCAGAAUUGAUAAAGUGCAAAAAUGAUACGGUUGUUCUCCCAGCCACCGGUACGAUCAAAAAUGCUCUGAGAUAUUUGAACAACAGAUACUCCUUACCUGAGAGCGUCUCCCAUCAAGUCAGUCUCACGCUGUCCUGGAAAUUUGCUGUCGGGGAUCAUGGUCGUGUACUUGCCAUUUUACAAGAAAACGUUAUCGAAAUACGAAAGGCCAAGGAUGAAUAUUCUUCUAUAAUAGGCAAGACGUCGGCUCCAAAAGACGCCUUUCCACAGUGGCGUAAACUCGCAUGGAGUCCUGAUGGAAUGAUCUUAGUGCUGGCAUCCAGUACCGGUUAUACGUCCUUCUAUAAUAUACUGGGGAAUAAUAUCUUCAAUAUAAGCCCGAAGACGAUUUCGCAAAAUCCUUACAUUUUGGAAGCCGGUGACGCGAUAGCAUCUAUGUUAUUCCUCAAGCCGAAUGCAAAAAAUGAGAAGUGGACCUACGAAUUCAUUUUGAUUACAUAUAGCGGCCUACUCAGAUCCUAUUACAUCUCUACGACGAGCUUUAACCCAAAUUAUGACUUUUCUUUCGUUAAUUUUUACAAAAACGGCAUCAAUGCUGUCAUCUACGAUGAGAAGCGCCAUUUGUUUUACGUCGCUGGAAACAUGAUCACGCAGAAAUUGACGUCCACCGCAUCAGAAUCCGGGUUAACUUCAUGGCGACCCUUGAACGACUAUCCGUACUGCAAAUUGUCAUUUGCAUUUGAAGACUCGGUGAGCAGUAAAUCACGGUUUUCCGUAUGGAAUUUAAUUCCCAGCUUCAGCUUUCAACCAGAAUCGGUUAUAUUCACGAUAAAAAUCUCACCCAAUGGCGAACGUCUGGUGUGUUUGCAUACGGACGGUUCGGUUUCGCUAUGGGGAUUGCCAAACUUGGUAUUACAAAGGAAAUGGAAAUUGUCGGAGCAGCCGGAGCACAAUAUACCUAAUCCUUUGGGACUUACAAAGUGUAAAAAAUUUCCGCCAGGCUUCACGGAAUUUCAUCCGACAGAUAUUGGCUGGUGGUCCGAUCAGGCUAUCAUAGUAGCUCGAUAUUCGGGGUCCACUUCAGUUUGUUCUAUAUGGAAUUUGAAGAAUCUGUUGGGUGUCAGUCCAGAAUUUUUAAUGGGACAACCACAAGUGUGCGAGCUGGGAUCGGAGAAAGGGUUCUUGUGUUUAGAUUGCGAAACCUUCGUUACAAGUAAGAAACGAAGCAGAGAACCUAGCGAUGGUCAUUUGCCAGAAGCGUCGUCGGAGAGCGAGAAGGAUGAUGAUGAACUGGAGCCCAUUACAAUAUUAAAUUACACUACGAAUCUGGUUCAAAGUACUCUGUAUUCGAUAACCGAUAUCGAGAGGUUUCAACCGAAGAGGAAGAAAUCGAAAGUAUUGCGCCGUACUUACAGAAUCUUAGGCUUGAAGAGUACGACACCGGAGGAGCUUUAUUCUAGAAAAAUAGACAUUGAGGAAUACGAGGAAGCCUUGGCUCUAGCGAACACGUACAACUUGGACACGGAUCUCGUGUAUCAAACUCAGUGGAGAAAAUCGAAAUUGUCCUUGAACGCCAUCGCGGAACACUUGGGUAAAGUAAGCAAGAGAUCCUGGGUCCUAAACGAAUGUGUUAUGCGCGUCCCCGACACUAUGGAGGCUGCGAGAGAACUAUUGAAUUUCGGGCUGAGAGGUGCCAAUUUAGAAACUCUAAUAGCGAUUGAUAUCUGUGAUAACGACAAGUUCGUGAUUACCGAUGCGGAAGACGAUUGGCAAGCACUGGACGAGAACGCUGCGACUUUACGGCAGGUGCAAAAGGUCAACGAGAUGCUCGAGCAGUUGGACAUGAGUAAGCUGUCAGAGGCCCAGAAAAAUUUAAUUAGAUACAGAAGGAAGCUCCUGAGUCACUUGGAUAAAUUGCUCACAUACGAGAUCAUAUUGCAACCGCCUCUUCAGUACGGGAAGGAAUUUUACGAGGAAUUUCGUAGGUUGUCGGCCGUCGAGAAUGCAAUUAGAUUCGCCAAAGACGGAGAUUAUCGUGGUGUUGAGAUUAUGUUUACCUAUUACGGGGAAAAGUUGGUGUCUCAUUGGCUAGCAAUCAUCAGCUUCUUCCCGGAAACUUUGAAUCCGUCGGAUUAUCAGAAACUUUUGCCGGAAUGCGAUCUUGAAGGCCAAUUGUUCCUGUUGGAUCAACGUGAAUUACGACAGAAAGACUGGUCGGAAAAGCUUGAGUUCAACGAAAUAAUAAACUUAGAUGCGGACGAUCGAUCGGAAAUAUUGUACGAAUUGGAUCCCUCGUUAUCAAUAUAUAGAAACACGCAACUUACUCCGGAGCUGUUACAGAAAUGGUACAAAAUGCGUGCCUACGAAAUAGAGAAGAACAGUUCGAUGGUAGACAAUGCUCUGCAAUUGAUUAAGAUCGCAAAAUCUCAUAACAUUAACGAUAUGGAGGAUUUAUUGUUGGAUCUGGAGACGUUAGAUGAUUUAGUGUACAAGGUCUAUCUGGAAGAUAUGUCGUUGUAUGAACUGGAGAAAUUAAAUAACAUAGAGAAGAUAAAGCUCUUAAUGAGCAGGUCGACCGAAUUAGAUUUCGUUGAGAACAUAAGGAAUCUCCUGCUGCCGUUUAUCAAACGGAGACAUCAAAAUUUAGGCGGAUACCUCGAGAAGCAUCUGCUGAGCGAUUAUCUAAUUUGUUUGAGCAAAGAUGACCUGAUGCUUCCGGUCAAGCUUUUCAGACAUUUGCAACAGACGCAGGAUGCGGAGAUAAUGCAAUUGAUCGAUGACGUCGGCAUCUUGGCGUUAGAUUGCAUAUGCGCUUGCGACGACCCCGACAUGUACGAGAAAGCGAUGGAUAUCUUGGAUUCGCUGCCGCGAAAUCAGGGCAAAUGUAAAUCACUCACGACGGAUAGCUUCGCGAAGCAACUCUUCACGCUUAAGAAAGACCUGUAUUGCAGCCGAGUAUUGAGCAAAUACGGCGUGAAAACAACGUUGAAGUUCGUAAGGAAGCACAAGGACAAUCCUGUCAUCGUCGAAUCGUUAUUGAUCCAAAUGGCGAAGAGCUUAAACAAUCAAUUUCCACCUUCGGAUGAGAACGAAUGGCCGGUAUUGUCGGACGACAUGUGGGUCGUGCACGAUGCAAUGCCCUGUCUCGAUGACGACAUUUGCUCCGAGAUAUACGUUUCCGCUCGCUUAAUCUCAGGGGUUAAAAGCGUCAUCCAGAAUUGCUCCAGCUUGAUACAAACCAAGAGGAAUGAAGAGUCGUUAACUACGAGAGAACUAGUGAACUAUGAGAGAACAGUCGACCUGAUACUAGAAGCUACGAAGGAAUACUUUAACGGCUCCAAAGCGCUCAAUGAUCCGAAUAUGGAAUUGGCUAAAACUUGCCUUCUUCUGAUCAAAGAUGACAAUGUGAGAAUUAAGGAGGAAUAUGACCUCAUCAAAUCGCUCCAGAUUUUGAGCGAAUUCAACGUUGACAUGUUACCCCUUCAAGUUAGAUUAACAGCGGAUAAACUGACCCUUAUCGAGCGCUGCUUGAACAAUCAGAGGGACGCUUAUAAGAAUCGGCAAAGGCUGUUGACGUUGGCGGCUUACUUACGAAUCGAAGGCAACAACAGUCGACUUCGCGAAGGGAAGGUUUUAGAACUGAUAGCUAAGAAGGCACUUGAGACUGAAAAUUACAAUACAUGCGCCGCAAUAUGUACGCAGUUGACACAGAAUAGUUAUCUCCUUGCCUGGGAGAUUUGCUUAAAUCUGGGUCGUUGUGAUAAUUAUCAAGAUUUGAGAGUCAGACAAAAGUGUCUGUGGUUCGCGAUAAAUAACGGGCCAAGCGAUAUAUUGGGUAACGCAUUGGAGCACAUGCAUCUGAUAGAGAUACAGUUGCUACACAAGGAUUUGGAAUUGUGGAUGCCUUCUGUUGAAUUUGAAAGCCCCAGGGACGAAGAAAGUGACGAAAGUGACGAUCAUUUCACGGACGCUAUGACAACGCCGCAAGUGGAAGUGAAGGAAUUUGUCCCGAAGAUGCUGGAGACUUCCACGGAGAUUGUCAAGAGCUCGGCUAACAUCAUGAAGAAAUCGACGUUUCGCUUAAUAAAGAAUAUCAGCGACACCAGCUUUUGGAAGUCCAGAUUGAGGUUCAAUUUCGCGAACGAUCUGGAAACGGACGAGCAGUACGAGGACGCCGAGGAGCAAAACGGGACCAGCGAGGACGCCAAUCGCCAGAGUUUCCCGUGUUAUUACGAAUCUCUGCACGGAGCGUGCAAGAUAAGCGCUAACGAGGCGAGAUACAACAAAUACUCCGUGCCGGAUGUGCAAAAUACAAAGUUGAAGUGUUGCCGCGCGCUCUUGAGAAUAACCAUGCUGAGCGAAUCCUCCUGCUACGGACUCGAAGUAAGCGACAUCGAUCAUUUGCUCCUGGAAUGCGCGAGGCACACCAUACAGGACGACUGGUUGUUAGGCAUGUCGUAUUUAUUGAGCUUGAACAAAGACCACAUCGUGGAUGUUCAAGAGAUCUUCGGGAAUCUACCGCGCAGCGAGUUGUACAUACAAACCGCGUUGUAUUACUACUCGCUGAAAUUGUAUAAAAAAUGCCACGCUGAUUGCGAGAGGCUGUACUCGUACAGCCCGACAGACUUAAUAAAGGAGAUGACGACGGCCGCGAGACGAGCGAACGAAGAAUGCGACCUCGUCGAGGCGUUACAGUACUGGCAGAGUUACUUGCUGGGCGGUGCGAAAAUUGCCAGAGCGAUUGGCAAAGGGACGGAGGUGAGAUGUACGAGUGCGCCGGAAGCAGAACGAAGCAGCGUGUCGCGUCGUCCCGAAGUGACUUUCGCGAAGACCGCGAAGUUUACGAUCGAAGCGCGAGAGGAAUCCGCGGGACACAGCGAUGUUGGCGAUCUUCCGGCCGCAAACGCUUCCGACGAAGACGAAGAACCGGCGAGUGUUAUCGUCUCGAACGAAAUCGAUACCGUGAGUGUUAACGAUCCUCCGGUCGCGAGAUCCAUCGAAGAGAAGGGGGAUCUGAAAGAAGUCCCGGAUGAGAUCGACACCAUGGAGUGGACGGACGACUGGGGCGAGUUCUCCGACGAUAACGCGGAAGCCAUCAGCGACAAGGAGGAUAUAACGAGAUCCGAGGAAACGGCGCAGGUAGAAACAGCAUCCUCCGCCUCUCCCGACAACAGUAUCGAUCAGUGUGUCACCGAGGAAGAUCGAUUUAAGUUGUUCCAACGGCGGUUCCAUCAAAUCGACGACCUGCGGCGGUACCAAGAGCUGAAGAAGGUAAUAAUCGAAUGGCCGAAAUUCAUUAUGCCGGAUCACAUCAGGUUGGACAAUCAUCCGAUUCUGAGAAUGAUGAGAGCGAUAAUCCCGUUAAUCAGGAGCGCGAAUACGACGGACUUUGAGAAAAGGAUAUUGAAAGAGCACGAGGAACUGAUCGGACUGUUGGCGUCUAAGCAGAUACUCAAGGAGUUUAUAGAGGCCGAACAGGAUCGCAUUAGUUUCGAAGAAGGCCUUUACAUAAGAUUAUGUUCCGAGGACGUGUCUAUGCAUAAAGAGGCGGUGGAUCUUAUCAAACAACGACAACAGGCCGUUACACUACCACCGUUGGUGCUGGAGAAACUCUUCCUGAAUGACCUAACAGCAUCGUUUCCACCUGACCACGUUGUGUACAAUCAGAUAAUCGAGCAUGUUUUUACGAACGAAUCGCUAGUCGAUAUCGAGAGCAAUGCGAAAUCACUCGUACAGGAAUUGAAGAAGCAGAGAUACACGUUGGAGGCUCUGAAUAUCAUAAGAUUGAUGGAAAGAAUUCCAACGGCCUUGUGCACAUUCGACGCUUGUUUCCAGCUGUUAAUGGAGGAUUAAGUAUUUGUUCUAAUUGCGAAAGAACUCUGAGAGAAUGAAUUAAUGGCGAAAGAACUGUGAUUUGUGUUAUCGAGCUCGCUUUUAGACGGUCUGCAAUUUGCGAACUGAAUUCGGAAUUCUCUGGAUUCUAUAAUUUGUAAGAACGCAUACAUGAAUAUCUUCUGACACUGAAAUUGUACGCAAAAUUUAAGAUGAUAUUCCAUCGUAAAUUACAGAUCGUCCGAAUUAGGGACUUUACGUAAAAAAUGCUUCCGAAAGGAUGUUCAUUACGAACGAUAUGUCGUGUCUCUUGAACUUACUCGCACUACAAAAAGGAUUUGAACGUUGCUUCUUAGAUGUCCACCGGUUUUCGGUGUGACUUCACCGGGAGGGAACGCGAGGUAUUUGAUACGAAUACUUACCUCUCACGCAUUUACUCUGUCUUAUUUCGCUCGUUACGCACAGGAAUGAUGAAACAACUUAAAAUUCCCCCUCUCUCGCGGGAUAUCUCCGGUUUCCCGGCAACCAAGUGGCAGCUAAGCUUCAUCGACUGCGUGUAUAUUUCACGUUUAUAUUUCUCUUGUGUGUGUAUAUAUAUAUAAGAAAAGCGCAUUAUUAUGUUAUACGUGAGGGAGAAUGAUUGUUUGUAAAUACAAAUAUAAUUG